AUGGCUGGCCGUACUAUUCUUCCGCCUAAAAUCGAAUUCCCGGGUUCCAGCGAAUCCCUCGAUGAAAUUGACUUGACGACUAGUUCAAUAUCGUUUCGCCAGGAGCAAAAUCCAAUGUUGGUACAGACGGCACAUGUCGUGAUUUCGGAUGAGAAGGUUGAGACCGGCAGUGAAACGGUAGGUUUUGGGAGGGUGUGGUAGUUUUUUAGGGGGAUUUUGGAAAGGUGGGGGAUGGUAGUUAAAAUUUUUAGUUAUGUUGCUGAUAGAGAAGAAUUUAGCUAUCUAAAAAGUGCAAAAUUUCAUUUUUAGCGUUUAAGUCAAAAAAGUUAUGGCAAAAAGUUUAACGCACAGUAAGCCGGUUUGUAGGUAUUGAGUUUCUUGUAAACUCAAUUUUAAAAAGAUUGAACUAGUUUUUUCAACUUCUAUUUUAGAUAUCAGUAACAGCUAUCCUACGCUACCUAAAAAGCUUAAAACAUCAGCUUAGCUUUUCCUACAACAAAAGUUACAACUAAAAUUAUCUUGCUUUCAGACCACCGAGACAGUCUACUUUGAGCCCAGUUAUCUUCCGUUCAUUGCCAUUUUGCUGAUUGCCUACUCGGCGUCAGCACUGCUUCAGCGUAGUUUGCCGAUGGAUGUGGCCUUCGUUCUUUGUGCCUAUGGCAUCUUCUCGACCUACUGUUUGUUGAGAUGGAAGUCGGUGAUGCGUUACGUUGUUCCAGCUCUUUUGGUUGUGAGUUUUUGGUUUUUUGAAGCUUGUAAAGGAAGUUUUUGUCAUUUUUAGUUUUGUAAAGAAAGUUCUUGCCAUUUUUUGUUUUUUAAAGAAAGUUCUUGUCAUUUUUUGUUCUUUAAAGAAAGUUCUUGUCAUUUUUUGUUUUGCAAAGAAAGUUUUUGCUAUUUUUUAUUUUGUAAAGAAAGUUAUUGCAUUUAUAAAAAACAAAAAAUUUUGGACUUUGCAGCCUGCGGGUGACAUCUUAUACGAUGACUUUAAUGCCAUUUUACCCGUUAAAAAUCAAUUUUAUACCUUCAGGCCUUUGUCCUCGGCAAAACCGUGACCGAUCUGGCCAAUGUGAGUGUUCAGUACGAGAAGUCCAAGUAUCAGCCGGUACCAAACAAGGUGGAGCCAUCUGUCUACAUUAUGACCUUGGCCAUGCGAGUUGUCCUCUUGUUCUUGUUUGCGUUGGUCUACGAUCUGCUGGGCUUUGGCAUCGUGGAACACUACAAGAAACACUUCAAAGGCGCCUACAGAAUCAUGCUUUUCAUCGUGGGAUGGGUGGGAGCGCUGACGGUAUCGCUGGUCGGAAGCGUCUCAUUCCUCGUCUUUGCCGGCUAUGCUCACAUUGAAUGA